GUGUGUGUGUGUGUGUGUGUGUGUGUGUGCUUGCGCGCGUGUGUUGCAGCUCUGUCAAUCCUUGGAUUAGAACCAAUGAUUGCAGCUUGUAGGAGGGCUGUCCAGGGCCAGAUUGUACAAUGUGUCUCAGUGCCAGAGUAUGAGUGGAGAUAAUUACGGAGAAGUCAUACUCUCUCACACCCUCGGCUUUCUCGUGUCCUUCAGCAAAACAGUGGAUUUAAAUCUCCUUGCGUGAGCUUGAGAGCCACACAAUCUACCGGGAAAGAAAGAAAGAAAGACAAAAACCGAAUCUGACAAAAAAGAAGAAAAAGAAGAAAAAAAAAUCAUGAAAACCCUCCAAGCAAAAAUGCACAAUUCUGUCUCCUGGGCAGUCUUCACGGGGCUGGCUGCUCUGUGUCUCUUCCAAGGAGUGCCCGUGCGCAGCGGAGAUGCCACCUUCCCCAAAGCUAUGGACAACGUGACGGUCCGGCAGGGGGAGAGCGCCACCCUCAGGUGCACAAUUGACAACCGGGUCACCCGGGUGGCCUGGCUAAACCGCAGCACCAUCCUCUAUGCUGGGAACGACAAGUGGUGCCUGGAUCCUCGUGUGGUCCUCCUGAGCAACACCCAAACCCAGUACAGCAUUGAGAUCCAGAACGUGGAUGUGUAUGACGAGGGCCCAUACACCUGCUCCGUGCAGACAGACAACCACCCAAAGACCUCACGGGUCCACCUCAUUGUACAAGUCUCUCCCAAAAUUGUAGAGAUUUCUUCAGAUAUCUCCAUCAACGAAGGGAACAAUAUCAGCCUCACCUGCAUAGCAACAGGUAGACCAGAGCCUACGGUUACCUGGAGACACAUCUCUCCCAAAGCUGUUGGCUUUGUGAGUGAAGAUGAAUACUUGGAAAUUCAGGGCAUCACCCGGGAGCAGUCAGGGGACUACGAGUGCAGUGCCUCCAACGACGUGGCUGCACCAGUGGUACGGAGAGUGAAGGUCACCGUGAACUAUCCACCAUACAUUUCAGAAGCUAAAGGUACAGGUGUCCCUGUGGGACAGAAGGGGACUCUGCAGUGUGAAGCCUCAGCAGUACCCUCAGCAGAAUUCCAGUGGUACAAGGAUGACAAAAGACUGAUUGAAGGAAAGAAAGGGGUCAAAGUGGAAAACAGACCUUUCCUCUCAAAGCUCAUCUUCUUCAACGUCUCUGAGCACGACUAUGGGAACUACACUUGCGUGGCCUCCAACAAGCUGGGCCACACCAACGCCAGCAUCAUGCUGUUUGAAGUGAAAACCACAGCCCUGACCCCUUGGAAAGGCCCCGGCGCGGUCAGCGAAGUGAACAACAGCACGUCGAGGAGGGCAGGCUGCAUCUGGCUGCUACCUCUCUUGGUCUUGCACCUACUCCUCAAAUUUUGAUGUGAUGCCACUUCCCCCCGGGGAGAAGCCGCCGCCUCUGCAGCCACCGACGCAACAGCAACGGCAACACCCACAGCUACAAAUCAGACCUAUUCCAGUGAAAUUCGGAGAAACGAAGCCUAACGGGACAGAAAUUCGAGGGAGGGGAACAAAGAAUACUUUGGGGGGAAAACAGUUUAAAAAAGGAAAUUGAAAAUUGCCUUGCAGAUAUUUAGGUACAACUGAGUUUUCUUUCUUUUCCCAAAUGGGAAGAACGCACACCCGGCUCAGACCCACCCGCAAGCUGCAGCAUCGCGUGACCUCUCUGUUGCCAGCCCGGGCAAGGGCUCAGCCACUCUGCCCACGAAGUGCUCCCAACCGUGGAACAUUCUGGAGUCGGCCAUCCCAAAUUCAAUCAGUCAAUAGAGGCGGACACAGAGUGAGACACUCAGGCCCAGAAGUGGUACCGCGGGUCCUUUGGUAGACUGCCACCGCCGUGUGUGCUGCAACACGUGACAUUAAAGGAUAAAGAAAGCAAAGCAAAACAAAACAAGACAGCCCGACAGCAACAACAAUCCCACAAACAGUCACAAAAGAUGUUGUUAAACUUUUUGUUUCUUUUCAUUUUACUACAUGGACAUCAUGGAUAAUAAGAGAUUCUGAUUCAUUAUUAAUUUUAUUAAUUAUAUUUUCUGAUAUGAGUCUAGAACUUAGUGCAAAAACAAGACAAAACUAAAAAAUACACAGCUGAAAGGGGUGACGAGAAGUAUGUAUGUUAAACAUUAAAAAUGAAUAGUGUACUUCUUAACAAGGUUUACAACUGGUGGACCACACACUGGGCAUUAACCACCUGGUGAGGAUUUGGCAUAUCCACCAAAAACACAGCCGAUGUUACCAACAUCUCCACCAGCGCGACAGAUUCCUCCUUACUCUGGCGUCUCACGCAGACAACACUAUGCUAUCGACACACUGUUAGAAACGGAAAGGUGAUCUGCACUGUCUCUUGGGUUCGUUGGCUAUGCUUCUUUUGAUGACAUAUAUUAUACAGUAUAUAUAUACAUAUAUUUUUUUUGUUAGAGUUCUAGCCAUUUUAUUUCUCAGCAGGGUCCUUUCUCAGACAUUACUGCAUGCUGUAUAUGGCGUUAGCUGUGUGUUGAUCUUCUACAAGAUGAUAGAGUUUACUGGUAAUUGUGUAAUCAGCUCCUGCCUUUUUAUUUUCUUGGGUUAUUUACAUGUCAGAGACAUUUAUAAGAAGUGAAAAGA